AUGUUCUCAUGUGUCCCCAAGAUUGCGGAACAACACCUCACUGGAGAGAAACGCGACAUGUUCCUCCAAAUGUGGGACGAUGCGUACAAAGCUCAAGACGUCACAACGAUGCAGUUCCUGACAAAGACCGUGUUGGAUGAUGCCCUUUCACAGGAUAAAGGCACCGCAUUGGACGAUAAGGCCAAACGGACAGAGAAUACCAGUUUACAAGACUACCUGACACAACUGCAAGACUACGCCUUGUUCCCGUGGAAACGAAUGCAAACAAUGGUAAAGAACUUCUGGAAAAAAAAUACCGUCACUUACGACGUUAAUGAAAGAAAGAAAUUGACAAAGGAAAAAUUCAUUUCCAAGGCCAAGUGUGGUCGCCUAACUCCAACGGAGGUGAUGAUAGGCCAGUACCUGUUCUUUGCAGAGGACCCCGCAUAUGGCUUGGAAUGCCUCAAAACCCUCCUUUUCAUUUGUGAAGAGGAGUACAGAGUCCAAUUCCACAACUGGGGACUGUUUGAGAGUUUCGACCCCGUCAAACAGGAGAUGUAUGGAGCACGAGUGGAGAAACUCCAAUACCCUCUGUUCCCGGACCACCCGGAAUUCAGGGAGUUGAAUGCAAAAUUACUCGCCCCGAACGAAGACACCCUUCACGGGGGAUCCUCGGAUGCAACGCUGGAACUUGAAAAAAUGUACGACAUGAAGCGGGAAGGUGUUCUUAGCGGAGGUGGCUAUUGUGAAGCGAUUUAUGAUGCCCGUGGUCAACAGAUUGCCCCUAGGGAUAUGAGCAACAUUCAGCAGCAGUUGGCCAACUUAAGGGCCAAGGUGGAGGACCUAGACCGCAAGCUAAGCCACCACAUGAACACACCGAAUCAUUUUCCCAACACGAAACAGAGAGCCACAGGGACAAGGCAACGAAAGGGGAAUACAGGUGCAGGAGGAAGCAAGGGACGUGGAGGUACCUUUGCCACCAACCGACCAUAUCAGUACAGGGGAGGUGGAGAAUAUGCGAAUCAUGAGUUCGACGAAUCCCACCCCGGAAACGAGUACUUCCCGUCGGAAAGACAACAACACUAG